CAGGGGCGGACUGACCAUUCGAGCACUCGGCACUGCCCAAGGGCCCCGGGUCAGUAGGGGGCCCCAUGAGAUGCCCCUGGUACCUUGCAUAGGCUUUUUUGGGUGUAGUUUGAGUGUGGGCAAGGACACAGGGGCCCCAUGAGUGGCAGUGCCCGAGUGCUCGAAUGGUCAGUCCGCCCCUGCACUGAACAACAAGCAUGUGAAAUUGUGAAAGUCUCGCUGUUUGUUGUAAACAUUUUGAAAAUCAAUAAA